AUGCUAGAUGGCAUAUCAUUUCCUACUGACAAUGACUCUGGGUCUGACAGAUAUAAUUCGAUCGGCGAUCAAGUUGACAAGGAUAUCUUACCGAUCGAUGAACUCAUCAGUGAAGUCCCCAGAUACUUAUCGUUAACCCAAGAAUCAAUGUCUCAAACCGGUCCAAAAAGGGAAUCAUUGACGUACGACAAUCACCUAAGCCUAAGCAGCGAAAAAAAAGUAACGGAUGAGAAUGAUUUUUGGAAAUUUACAUAUACCCAGUCUGCUUUAUUUAGAUAUACAAAAGAUCUAUUUAAUGAUCCUUGGAAUUUGAAGAGAUUGCAGGAUAAAACUUUCAAUAGUCAGAAGAUUAGAUUUGACCAGUUGAUGAAUAGCCAAGAGGAUAGGGGAUUGAGGGGAAUAAUGAAAAUUUGGAAAAGAGGUGUAGAAAUUGAUUAUGAAUUGAGAUGUCAUCGAUCGACUCUAGAAUCACACAGGAAAUUCGUAAGUCUUUUACCGACGGGAACGGAUAGAGAAGAAAAGUAUAAGCUAGAGAAGAGUGAGAGGAUGAUCAGAGAGAAAUCUAAACAAAUUAGAGGAUUGGAAGAUACGGUGAUUAAUACCAGAAAACGGGUUGAGAGAGAUUUAAAGAAGGUUGGAAAGGAGAGGGAUACGGAGUGGAGUUGGCCUGAGGAUAUAGAUGAUUGGAGAGAUAUGCUAGGUCAGUUGAAGAGAGAGGAACUUACUAAGCGAAAUGGUCCCGUGUUGACAAGUGCAUGCGAAGGAGCGAAUGACAUUGUGAUCGACAAAGGAGAAGAGAAGACGAUGGUCAAUGCGAUAUCAGAAGGAAAUACCACUGCACUGUCCUCUGGUCUGGAUGAAGCUCGUGAUAAUGGUCUUGAUACCAAUGAUGGAAAUACAGAAGCUCAUACCCCUCUGGUUCAUGGUGGAACAACCCCUCGACCUCAAGCGAGUACCAGGAACGACAUGACUGGAUGGGAUUCCGCAAAAGGAGGAUGGAAGAAGCCCUGGGAAGACACAAAAUGUGCCACAUUGAUAUCCGAGUCUGCAACCGCAGCGGACAACUCGGAUAACCAAGGGUUCACCACGGUGAGCAAUAGAAAGAAGAAACAGAAGAAGAAGAAAAGCAGUAACAACAGUGAACAGAUACAGCUUUGCCCACCCGAUCCUAUGGUAGGUAGGAGUAAUGACCUUUCAUAUCAUAUUAAAUCCGGUAAAUCAAUUAGGAGUCGUAAAAACCGAACUUCCACUGCAAGUAUGCCACUUACGCAACCUACCUCAACCGCGCUCGAAGAGUACACGGAGAUGAAUACAAGUGAUGAUAAGCCAAAAGACCUUGAUGACUUGGUAGAGAUUGCUCAUGAUCAAUCCGAUGAAGAUACCACAUCAUCCGAUCAUGCUGAUUUACGUGCCGUUGAGCUCAUAUGGAAGCCUGGCGUCGAAGAGCAAGCCACUGAAUCCGAAGGCGGUGGUGUUUGA